AUGAAUGAAAAUGUGCGCCGAACCGAUGGCCACGAAGCAACGUGGUCCAUCAACACCCACCACAACGCCAGCUACAUCCAGCUGGACUUUAGACCGAGUGGAGGAUCGGCUGUUCUUCUCUUCCAAGGUCGUGGACACCAGAAUCUCGCCGCAGUCAUCGGAUUCCAUAACUACAGUGUGUGGUGUGACCUUACCACCGACGCCAAUUUCGAAGCGACUGCCAUUUGGAAUGACCCUUGGCACCCCGAUCUGCAAGACGGUCGGGAUAUUCGGUGGCAAAAUCUCGAUCGCAAAAGAUUGGGCGGAAAUGCCAUUGCCAUUAACCCUAGCCAAAUUGAAGGAAAGAGGGUGUAUUACGUCCAGCUGACUAUUGACCCCGAAUUCCACGUCCCGGGGACUCGGACGCCGAACCUCCAUUCCUGGGUAGCUUGA